GGGCCCAUGAUUCUCGCUGUGUGCUGGGCUAUGACGGCUGGUGCAGCGGUGUUCCUCGGGGCGCGGGUGUUUGUCAAGUUGACGACGCAUAAGCGACUGUGGUGGGACGACUGGCUACUGGUGGCCUCGUUCCUCAUGCUGGUAGCAUUCUCGACGACGACGUCGUACGGAGUGAAAGCGGGCAUCGGCAGGCAUCAUGCCACGACUGGAAAAACCUCCCAAACUAACGAGCUGCAGCUCGUUGUUGUUGUCGCCACUGUCUUCUCCGUGCUGGGCGCGUCCUGGUCCAAGACGUCCUUCGCCAUCACUCUCCUCCGGAUCACGACGGGCACCAUACACUACAUCGUCUGGUUCAUUAUUGUGUCUAUGAACCUGGUCCUGACCUUCAACGCUAUCCUGCAAUUUCUAUGGUGUCAGCCAGCGUCGGUGGCCUGGAACAGCGGCCAUGGUGGCACGUGUUGGAGUCAGAAUGUUAUUGUCUACUACAGCAUCACUGCAGCAGCUUAUUCGGCUGGUAUGGAUAUUCUGCUCGCCGCUGUACCGUGGGCUGUCAUUAUGCGUCUGAAGAUGCAUACGAAGGAAAAGUUGGGUGUGGCCGUCUGCAUGAGCCUCGGUGUAAUCGCCGCUAUCACAUCCAUCUUCCGUGCUUAUCACAUACCUGCCCUCUACUCGAACGACUAUUCAUGGGACGAGUCUACACUCUUUGUCUGGACCGCCGCUGAAAUGGCAACCACCAUCAUCGCUACAUCAAUCCCUGUGCUGCGCGUCCUCCUA